AUGCACAUAUAUUUAUCUCGAGUAGAUUCUGAACCAAUCUACUUAGAAAUUGACGAAUCCGGUACUAUUGAAGAUAUAAAAGUCAUCAUAGAAGUAGAAAUCUCAAUCCCUAUAGCAAACCAAGCUCUAUUUUUCUCAGGCAAGCUCUUAGAAAACUCUUCCAGAAUUCUUGAAAAUGGUAUAUAUGAAGAUGCUGUCCUAGAUUUAACCCCGAUCAAUUCUGAGCUUCGUCGUCAAGCAAUUGAGUUAAUCAGUCAAUAUCAGAAAAACCCUUCUUACUACAACUAUUUAUCCCAAAACAACCCAGCUCUAGCAGAAGGCGUUAAAACAAGUGACCCAAUAAUUAUAGAAGAAAUCCUUCUAAGCACAAUCCAAGCUAACAAGCAGCAUGAAAUAGAGCAGCGUCGCAAGGAAGCCGUGCUUGACUAUGAUCCCUUAAACCCUGAAUAUCAGCGACAAAUUGAACAAAAAAUCCAUCAAGAAAACAUUAACCAAAAUUUAGAAUAUGCCCAAGAAUUUAUGCCUGAAGUAUUUGCAUCAGUAGAAAUGCUUUAUAUUGACUGCAAAGUAAACAAAAUGCCUUUGCAAGCUUUUGUAGAUUCUGGAGCACAAAAUACAAUCAUGUCAAAAGAAUGUGCACAGAGGGUAGGAAUCAUGAGAUUAGUAGACACAAGGUUCCGUGGAGAAGCAAGAGGAGUAGGUGUAGGAACUAUAAUCGGAAGGGUGCAUGCAGCUAAUAUAGAAAUUGGAGGGAAAAUUUUUAAUUGCUGUUUUCAUGUUUUAGAAGUUUCGGAUAUAGAUUUAUUAUUUGGAUUGGAUAUGCUGAAAAGGCAUCAAUGCAGCAUUGAUUUGUUUAAAAAUAAGCUUGUGCUUAAUGCUGGGGAGAUUGAGGUGCCGUUUUUAAGUGAAGGGGAAGUGAAACAUAAAAGAGGAAAAGGCGGAGAUUUAAGCCCAACAAAGCUUGAAAAGCAGCAGAGCAGUGAGGGGGAAAAUCCGAUCGAAGGAUUGAUGAAGUUAGGGUUUUCUCAGAAAGAUGCAGAAGAAGCGAUGAAGGUUUGCAAUGGAAAUCCAGAUCUAGCAGCGAGUUAUUUGUUUCAAAAAAUGAAUUUUGGCUAA